AUAUUUUAUUAUAUAUCUUUAUUUAGUUCGUUUCCAUAUUGCACAUCUAUAUGAAGUUCAACGCAAAUAUAAAUUUGCCAAAGAGGCGUAUGAACAAUUACUUAAUGAGAAAGAGCUGACGUUGGAUUUAAAAGCAGUAAUUUACAGGCAACUUGGUUGGAUGUAUCAUUGUUCUGAAUAUUUUGGCGAUAAAAGACAGCGAGAAUCUUAUGCAAUUUUGUGUUUACAAAAAGCUAUUGAAGCCAAUCCUAAAUCCGGACAAUCGUUAUACUUGUUAGGGAGAUGUUAUGCUGGAAUAAAUAAAGUACACGAUGCUUUCAUAGCUUACAGAAAUUCUGUCGAAAAAAGUGAAGGAAAUGCUGAUACAUGGUGUUCUAUAGGAGUUUUAUAUCAGCAACAAAAUCAACCAACCGAUGCACUACAGGCCUAUAUUUGCGCUGUUCAACUUGAUAAAGACCACAAGGCUGCUUGGACAAAUUUGGGUAUACUAUAUGAAAGUUGUGGACAACCAAAGGAUGCUUUUGCGUGCUAUUUAAAUGCUGUAAAAAGUUCUCAAAAGGUAUUUUUGUUUGUUUUGUAUUGUUACAUUGUGUAGUUGAUGGAUUAUAAUAAAUAUGAGUCAGUGAUACAA